CUUUUUUUGGGUACAAAUGACCCGGACCCGUUUAAUGCUAGAAGAAGCCCUUCUAAACCCACUACCGUUUUCCCUCGCCAGCCGGCCUCUUGCUCAAAACCCUAACCCUAGUUGUGCAGCUCCGCUUCCCGAAGCCCUCCCGCUUCCCUUCCGGCAUGGAUCCCACGAGAUGGAGAUCGAGGCUCCUCCGCGCCCUCGGUAUCGAGGCGUUGAAGCCCCACGAGAUGUCGGACGGGAAGGUUCAGUUCCGGAAGGUGUCGGUCCCGCCCCACCGCUAUGCGUCGCUGAAGAGGAAUUGGAUGGAGAUCUACACCCCCGUCUACGCAAUGAAGAUCGAUAUACGGAUGAAUCUUAAGGCUCGGAGAGUGGAACUUAAGACGCGAUCAGACACACCAGAUGUGAGCAACCUCCAGAAAUGUGCUGACUUCAUCCAUGCAUUCAUGCUUGGAUUUGAUGUUGCAGAUGCCAUCGCUCUGUUGCGUCUGGAUGAUCUCUAUGUUGACUCUUUUGAGAUCAAGGAUGUGAAGACGCUUCGUGGGGAGCACCUUUCACGAGCGAUUGGUCGGCUUUCUGGGAAAGGAGGCAAGACAAGGUUUGCCAUUGAAAAUUCUACGAGGACUCGGAUCGUCCUUGCAGAUGCUAAGAUCCACAUUUUGGGAUCUUUCUUGAACAUUAAGGUUGCGAGAGAUUCACUUUCUAGUCUAAUUUUAGGUUCACCUGCGGGUAAAGUCUAUUCCAAACUUAGAGCUGUCACUGCUAGAUUGGCAGAAAAAUAUUAACAUUCAGUUUAUGUCAGAGUUUGCUAUCUUUUUCCUGAUGUAAUAGUGGUUUGUCUUCGACUUUGAGUUCUGGAUUUCUUCAUAUCAAAUUGGUUUUAAUGAUUGCUGUAAUCCAAAGUUAUACAACACGUGCCGGAAUGCUGUGGAUUGUGAAUUGGGAUUUC